UGUUUCGAUGAAGUUUCUUAAUUAAAAAAAUUAAACUCAAAUCUCAUGGUUUUAAGUGAUAUUCUAGAGUGGAUUAACAAAAAUCACCUAAAUCUCUGUAACCUCUUGAAAUCAUCUAAAACCCUAAUUAAAAUCAAAUCACUUGAAAUGUUUGAUUGAAUACAUCCCCCUAAAGACCAAUUUAGCUGAUAUUAACUUCCAGAACCAGAAGAAUGCAUAGGAAAGUAGGAACAAUAGAGUUUUGAAUCAAAAGAAAUUCGAUAAUUGGUUGGAACGCUACGAGAUCAGUUCAGGUCAGCGUAUUAUAGAAUUUAUUUGUGUCGUUAAACUAACAAAAUGGUUUCGUGGUGUAGUUGGUUAUCACGUCAGUCUAACACACUGAAGGUCUCCGGUUCGAACCCGGGCGAAGCCAAUUGAAUUUUUCGAUAUUUUGAACUUUAUUAACAAAGCAAAAAAAUUCGCCGUUGCCGGGGAUCGAACCCGGGUCACCCGCGUGACAGGCGGGAAUACUUACCACUAUACUACAACGACAUUGUUGUUAAGGGAAGAUUGAAAACAUAACUAACAUAUAUAUUAUUUAAUUAGAUAAUUGCAAUCUUACGACUGUUAGUUAACGACUUCUCUCUGGGCUUCGAGAGUUUGCGCCGCGCUCUCUCUCUCUUUCUCUAACUUUUCAGGUAAAGCUCCUCCAGCUUCUGACAGUUGUUUUGUUUGUGCAUCGCUCCCUCCUCCUGCGUGUUUCGUUUCUAGACAUAAGCUUCCUCCGUCUUCCAAGCCAGGGGGUUGAAUCAAAAGGGGGUUGGUUUCACAGUGAGGCGUAAAGGAUGAAGCUUGACGUGAAUGUGCUGAGAUAUCUAUCUAAAGAUGAUUUUAGAGUUCUCACUGCUGUGGAGAUGGGAAUGCGUAACCACGAGAUUGUUCCUUCUGAGCUCGUAGAUCGCAUUGCUGGUCUCAAACAUGGAGGCACAUACAAAGUCCUCAAGAACUUGCUCAAGUAUAAGCUUUUGCAUCACGACCGCUCUAAAUAUGAUGGAUUCAGACUCACUUAUCUGGGAUACGACUUUCUUGCCAUUAAAACAUUGGUCAACCGUGGUGUUUUUACCGGUGUUGGUCGUCAGAUUGGGGUUGGUAAAGAGUCUGACAUAUUUGAGGUGGCUCAGGAAGACGGAACUAUUCUGGCAAUGAAGUUGCAUAGACUAGGGAGAACCUCCUUUAGGGCUGUUAAAUCUAAGCGUGACUACUUGAGGCAUCGCAGUAGUUUCAGCUGGUUGUAUCUCUCCCGUCUUGCCGCUCUCAAGGAGUUUGCUUUCAUGAAGGCUUUGGAAGAACAUGACUUUCCUGUUCCAAAAGCUAUCGACUGCAAUAGGCAUUGUGUUAUCAUGUCUCUUGUGCAAGGAUACCCCAUGGUUCAGGUGAAGCAAUUACAGAACCCUGAGACAAUUUUCGAGAAGAUUAUUGGCAUUGUUGUUCGUUUGGCUGAGCAUGGUCUAAUCCAUUGCGACUUUAAUGAAUUCAACAUCAUGAUUGAUGAUGAAGAAAAGAUUACGAUGAUUGACUUUCCACAAAUGGUAUCUGUUUCACACCAAAAUGCACAGAUGUACUUUGACCGUGAUAUAGAAUGCAUCUUCAAGUUUUUCAGAAAAAGGUUUAAUAUGUCUUUCCAAGAAGAGAGAGAUGAUGAGACAGAGGUGGAAGUGGAUGAGAACAGCAGACCAUCUUUCUUUGAUAUAACCAAAGAUGCCAACGCUCUGGAUAGAGAACUAGAAGCUAGUGGUUUCACUAAAAAGGAGCAGAAUGACCUCGACAAAUUUAUCGAAGGUGGGAUGGAGAAGAAUGAAGAUUCUGACGAGGAUGAGGAAUCUGAUGAUGAAGAGGAGACUGUUGAGUCAAAUGAAGAAGGAAACCUAAAUGAAAUGAGAUCACUACAGUUGCAAGAGGAGAAUAGUUCAAAUGGCGUUGAGGCUGAAGUUGAAUUGGAUGAUAAUAAGAAAGACGAAAGCAGUGGAGAUGAAAACGAAGCUGGAAGAGAUGAGGAGCUGGACAAAAAACUGGGAAAGCAAAGACGCAGAGCCAUGGCAGCAGCCAGGGGAGGUAGAAAGUCACAGUCUUCAAGAAACACAUACAAGGACAAAGGAGGCCGUUCCCAAAACUCCAAGAUCAACAUGAGCGGCUGGUAAUAAACUUAUUAUAGUACACAAAACAAAACUCUGCAAGAUAUUGAAGAAGCCAACAACGUAUGAUUGAUUCUCUCUCAACAAACUAUGGGCUUAAUGGGCCUUUUAAUAUUUUAAACGGGCCAAAUUUUGAUCUUCUAUUGUCUUUUUCGAUAGACUAAAAUGAAAUGAAUAUUCAGUUUCUAUAUACACUAGAUCUUUUCUCCGCGCUACGCGCGGAUUAUGCAAUAUAAAUUUUUUCACGGUCCC